UUCGAGUGUCGAUGUUUGAAGCAACAGGUUGACAAUGUCAUUCGAAACGUCAACCUUGAAACACAAACAAACGCGGUAAGGUCAUUACGACCUCCAGUCCCUUUUACCCUUAAAAACCAAAUCAAAAUCUUUCAACCCCCUGAAUUUAUCACUUCUGUAAUAAUCACGAAACGAAAUGGCAGCCGUUUAUAAAGCUAUCAUCACCACUGCCGACAGAUUUGUACCGAAAGCACUUCAACCAUUAUGGAAUCAUGAAGCAGGACCAAAGACUGUAUUCUUCUGGGCACCAGCUUUCAAAUGGAGCCUGGUAAUCGCCGGUCUGGGAGACAUAUCACGGCCAGCUGAGAAGAUCAGCCUGUCGCAGUCGGCCUCCCUGGCCGCCACUGGCAUCAUUUGGUCGCGAUACUCGAUGGCCAUCAUACCCAAGAACUACAGCCUUUUCAGUGUCAACGUAUUCGUCGCCCUCACCAGCUGUUACCAACUCUACCGGGCUUAUGAGUACCAGAACUCACUGAAAGCGCUGCCAACAUCCGAAAACGAAAAAACAGAGAACGAAAAAUCAGAACUUUAAAAAUCGAACCAUGGCUUCCUACCGAAAUCCAACGUUAGUAGACAGUUUACUAACUUUGACAAAAAUCAACUCAAAUUUCAAUUCCUAUUUAAUUAAUAUUCAUUAUUUAUUUUGUUCCUUUGAUUUUUUUCCAGCUCAGGGUUGAAAAAUUUUGAUUUCAAUUCCAACAUAUCCCUAGAACAAGAUUAGUUUAGUAGUUGACUUUCUCUUGUACAAAUCUUACAACCAAUUUUGUAGAUAAUAUUAUGUCGAAGCCUAUUGUAGAUAAUCAAAACUAUAUCAACUAAUAGUUGUAAACUAAUUUUAGAAAUUGUCAUAAAAUGACAGGAUAUUAGUUCUUAUUUAUUUAUUAUAAGGAUCACAUCCAAUGUGUUUCUAUAUUUUUAAAGGGAAUAUUUUUAAGUUAGAAAAAGUUUCUAGAUCUAGCUGUACAUUUUUUUUUUAGAUGUGUUAUUCAGGUUGAUAAUGUUAAUUUUAUUCAUGUACGGUACAACAAUAUUCUUGCUUGCCAAUCUAAUAUUUUUGUAAAAAAGAGUUUAACGUUGAAAGAAAUCUUUUAUACUAUUCUAUUUUUUACUAUAAAGUUAAUGAUUAUUUUGAAAUUCAUCAUUUACUUAUAACUUUUAUUACUUUCGUUGACUAAUUUGUUAUCAAUAUCACACUAUUCAUUUCAGUACACAUUUUUCAUACUCUAGUUAUCUUAGUACAAAUGUUCUAUUCCUUUCAAGUACAAGCUUUUUUACCGAUUUUUAUCUAUAAUCCUAAGAAAUGUUGAAUUUUUACAUAUCCAACCUGUGAUACAACGAAUUACAGAACUAUUCCAUUGAAGGUGCCAACAAAGAGUCCAAUGAUAUAUUUUUUAUAGAAACGUCUAUCAAUUUUAUCUAGUGCAAUAUACGUUUUGUGUAAUGUCCAGAGAUUUGAAUUUUGUUAGAUACCAAUAAAUAUUUAUAAACCAAUAA